AGCGCCGCAGGAGAAGCGCGUCAUCCGCCCGCGACGAGCCUGCGAAGAUGGCUUCCUUGCAGAAGGGGAAGAAGAAGGUGGUGAACCAAGAGGAUUUGCGGCGCUUGAUGCGGGAGAAGAAGCGUUCGACGGAGCGCGAUAAGCGCGUGGACUCGCCGCACGCCCGAUACAGUAGUGCGGGUCAGCUGAGCUGCGCGCUGUGCAACGCGCCGGUGAAGUCCGCGCUGCUGUGGCACACUCAUGUACUGGGCAAGACACACAAGGACCGGGUCAGCGAGCUGAAGAACAGGGAGAACACCCCCUCAUCAUCCUCAUCCUCACUGCUGAAGAGCAGAACAGCACCCGCUCCUUCAUCAUCAUCUUCCUCAUCCUCACUGCUGAAGAGAGGCGCGCCCGAGCCCGCGAGUUCAGCAUCAGCAGAAGCGAAGAGAGCCAAGACCCGCGUCACUGCAGGAAAGCAGGAGCAGACGGCUGUAUCCUCAGGUCAGUCUGCAGGUCUCGUGCUCCUCGCUGGACACUAUGAUGAUGAUGAUGAUGGUGAGGAAGAGGCCGCUCCAGCUGGAGAGCCGAUCCUGAACGCCGGGCUCCCCGCAGACUUCUUCGACAGCGGCAGCGUCUCCGUGUCUAACUCCGUCUCCGAGUCUAAGGCCGGCUCCGUGUCUAACUCCGGCUCCGUGUCUCACUCCGGCUCCGUGUCUCAGGCCGGCUCCGUGUCUCACUCCGUCUCCGUGUCUCAGGCCGGCUCCGUGUCUCACUCCGGCUCCGUGUCUCACUCCGGCUCCGUGUCUCAGGCCGAGGACGGCGGCGAGGAGAGGAAGGACGGCCCGGCCGAAACUCUACCCGAGGGUUUCUUCGACGACCCGGUGCGCGACGCCAAGGUGCGUAACGUGGACACGCCCCGCGACCACAUGGACCGCGAGUGGGAGGAGUUCCAGAAGGAGAUGCGGCAGGUCAACAGCGCGUCCGACGCCAUCGUGGCCGAAGACGACGAGGAGGGGCGGCUGGAGCGACAGAUCCACGAGAUCGACCAGCAGAUGCUGUGCUUCCGGCGCGUGGAGGUCCUGCGAGCCAGACAGGAGCUGGUGAAGAGCGCGCUGAGACUGCAGAGAGAGGAGGCGAGGCCGGCCGGCGGAGAAGAGGAGGAGGAGGAGGAGGAGGAAGAGGAGGAGCUGAUGCACGUGCUGGCGCAGGACUGGAGGGCCAAAGGAGCACUCGCCUGAACACACUGAGCUGGUGUGUGUGUGUGUGUGUGUGAUCUGCUUCACACGAGCGUGUACAUGCUUUGGUUCUUCAUAUAUACAAUCACGCAGUUGAGACUUCUUCUUUCAUCAAACAUGAAAAAUAUAGUUUAUAGACUUCUGGAAGAGAGGCGUACACACAGUUUUAUGCGUACGUUGAUUUAAUAGGCUAAGAACGUUUGAAAAAGCAAGUUAUGUUGUUGAUUAAACCAUUACAUUUAUAUCCCAUCUGACUGCUAACACUUUUCUCUUGUAUGAUCAGUUUUUUAUCAAUCAGUCGGAACUACUUUUCAAUAAUCAUCAGCAUUUUAUCUCCGUCAGCCAUUUCCUUUCGUCUAAGAAACACAGUAAAAGCAAGUGGAAACUUCA